AUGUUGGUGGAAGAGAUUCCCAAGACAUCAAAUGCCAAUUCAAACACCAUCUACUUUUCAUCCCUGAUCAAUCUUCUGGCCAGACCUACAAGUCUCCGACAUUCUAAUUUGAAUUCAACAGAUGAUGGCGAUGGAACAUCCAGAGGAUCUAAAAAUAGACCCAAAGUCAAUUAUAAUCUAACAGAUCUUGCCAACAAGUCCAUUGGGAACGACUCCGGAUCUGGCCUGAAGUCUCAACAGCUACUGCAAUUGGAGAAGUUGAUUACUAAACGACUCACCGAGCUACACAAGGAAAGCAGUGUACCCUUUGAGAUUCCCAAGAACUUAAGUUUCCAUGGAGGAGGAAAGGCAAAGGCAAGACCAGGGAAUACUCCCACCACCAAAAGAAUCAUUUCGGCUAGAAGGAACUUGAAUCUGUAUUUUGAAGAGGAGAAGGAUUAUUUGGCCCUUAAUGCCAUCUUAACUCGAGCUUAUCAAUUUGCUGAUCCCAACGAUGGGGCCACCAGCCAAAAAGUCAAGAAGCAAAAGUCCAUGAUUUCCACCAAAAGAGCCUUCAAACCAAAGCUAAAAUUGUGUUGUAUUUGUGGGAACAAAUCAGACUAUACCAGAUGUUUCAAGUGUGGUCUAUUCUCUUGUUCCGUAAGAUGUAACAAGGUACAUGUCCAACUGAGAUGUAACUAA